UGCUAACUGGACCACAACCUUGUCCUGUCCGAUCUGUCAGCAAACUCGUAGAGUUGUGUGCUGUAAAGUUUAAUUGUUUUUAACACUGCCUCUCCUUUGAGUCACUAAAUAUUGUGUAGUUAUUAGUGACAGCUGACGCAGUUCAGGCCAGUCGGCACUGUGUUUAUCUCGCCAGAGGCGGGUUGAUGAGACAUGAUUGGCAGCUAUCAGUAGCGUUAGCCUCGUCUGGACAGACUUGGAACCCGGUCGAUAAGACGACUGUCGUCACUGGCGAACAUGUCUCCACUGAGAGGGUGAAGCUGUUCCCUGAGCCCAUUUCCUGUGCUCUCCUCGUCUCCGAGUGAGCAGGAUGUUGGAGAGCCUUGUUGCCUGGGUGCUGAACACGUAUCUGGGAAAAUAUGUCAGCAAUCUGAACACGGAUCAGCUCUCCGUGGCACUUCUCAAAGGUGCAGUGGAGCUGGAAAAUUUGCCUCUGAGGAAAGAUGCUCUUCGAGACUUUGACCUGCCAUUUGAAGUCAAAGCAGGCUUCAUUGGAAAGAUCAGCCUACAGAUCCCUUUCUACCGACCCCACAGUGACCCAUGGGUCAUUGCCAUGUCCCAGCUCAACCUCAUCGUUGGCCCCACCCAGCUGCAGGAGUAUGAUGGAGAGAAGGAGAGCGAGGAGGAGAAGGAACGCAAAAAAGUCUUCCUCCAGGCUCUCGAAGACAAAUUCAAAAAUGAAUGUGAACAGAGAGGCGAGCCAUACUGGUAUUCUGUCACUGCAUCCCUCGUCACUAGGAUUGUAGAAAACAUUGAGCUGAAGAUUCAAAAUGUCCACCUUCGAUUUGAGGAUGAUGCUUCAAACUCAGAGACACCGUUUGCUUUCGGUGUUUGUAUCAACAACGUAGCUGCUCAAAAUCCCUCCAACGAGUCAGUACAGAAGCUUGUUCGGCAAAAGCAGCUGGAGAUUAAAGACUUCAGUGUCUACUGGGAUACAGAGAGUGAGAUGCUUGGGAGGCUGCCUGCAAGUCAGAUUCAGGAUGCAAUGACCCAGUGUAUGCAGAGUCGUGAGCAUCAGUACAUCUUUGAACCUGUGUGUGCGUCUGUGCUGCUGAAACGAAACGCUUCUAAGGAGCCUUUGAGGUCUCGAUACCCCCCCCGAAUCGAAGGCCAGGUUCAGCUGGACCCCAUGUUUUUACGUCUUUCCCAGGUUCAGUACCAGCAGAUGAUGGCUUUUCUUAAAGAAUUGGAUCGCAAGGAGAAAGGGAUGUUGUACAGAAAGUUGAGACCCAAAGUACCAAUUUCUGAGAACUGCCGGACGUGGUGGAUGUUUGCCAUUCAGGCUAACCUGAAAGAAAUAAGGGAACAGCGAAAAAGAAGCAGCUGGAGCUUUGCUUUGCAGCGGUGCAGAGACGCACAGACUUACACAAGCCUUUAUUUCAAAAGGCUCAAAGGAAUUCUGUUGAGUCCUCAGGAGAAGAGUGAACUAGAACGAGUGGAAGAGGAGCAGACAUUAGAGGAGCUUUACAGCCUCAGAGAGAUCGUCCAUGACUGGAUUCUAAAGCAGGAACAGAAUGCAGAGAAUCUUCAAGAGCCAAACGAUGAACCCCAACUCAUUACAUCUGGCACAUCAAUUCCAAAAAGUGGGAGCUCAAGGAUGCUUCAGUACCUCCAGUCUUGGUUCCCAGGCUGGGGAGGCUGGUAUGGAGAUUCCCAGGAUCCAGCCAGACCUGAAGAACUUUUGCCGAGUCCAUCAUCCUGGGACAUUCUAGCAGAGACGGAGGACUUGUUUGACCCAUUGGAAAACUCUUACAGUCUAAACACAUUCACCAGACGAGACCACAUGUUUGCCCGGUUAGAGUUCUUACUGGAGAAAGGAAGAGUGACACUCUGUCAGCAGGACAGGAAAGAGUUCAAGCUGCACGAGAGUGAGGUUAUCCAGCUUGAAAUAUCAGGGGUGAAUGUUAUAGUCGAAUCUCUCCCUCGUUCGGAGUCAUCCUUAGUCUCAGUUAAGUUGGGCAGUUUGUUUCUGAGAGACUUAACCACUCAGGGCACCAUCUUCCCGUUUCUAGUCUCUCCCAAAAUGGACAGUGUUUUUGGUGCCAUUAACCAACCACCGAAUCAGUCCAGCAGUAUUUCUGGGUGCAACAUUGAAUGCCCGUUGCCAGUGUUUGAGAUGAUAUACGAACGCAACCCUGUGAGAUCUAGGUUUGAGAGGAGACUUGAAGUAAACACAAGUCCAUUAAACAUCAUCUACAGCCCUCAAGCAAUAAAGAAAAUAACAGAUUUCUUCUAUAAAGGAAGAGUUCACACGUCAGGGUUUGGCUAUCAGUCGGAGCUGGAGGUGAGAGUGGCAGAGGCUGCCAGGAGGCAAUACACCAAGCUGAAGCUGCAGACCAAGGCUGAAAUUCGACAAACUAUUGAUCAGCUACUUGUGGGCGAGUUUAUUGAAAACAGUAAGCGCUGGACUAUGAAACUGGACAUUUGUGCACCUCAAGUUAUUUUCCCAGAUGACUUCCAAUCAAAGGACCCAAUGCUGGUUGUGGUGGAUUUAGGCAGAAUUCUUCUGACAAACUCUCAAGGGGACUGUAAAAUCAACUCAAAAGCUACUCAACCUGAAGAGGAGGACAUGAGUGACGAUGAGUACAAGACUCCUCUUGGCACACCACCUGAGUCUCCAACACCUGAACAUGAAACAUCUUUGAAAGCACAAGCUAAAAGCCCUGAUCUUCCCAGCCUUACGUUUCCAGAGGGAACUCAAACUUAUAGCAAAAAGCUGUAUGAGAAAUACUCUCUGUCCUUUAAUGAUCUACAAAUAAUGGUUGGUCAUUAUAAGGACAACUGGAAACAUCUUCAGGAAAGUGAAGUGGGUCCUACCCAUGUAGUGGAAAAGUUCAAUGUGCUACUGCAGCUUGAGCAGAGACUGCGUUACACGUCAGACCCUCAGUUACCUGGGGCUGUGCUGUCAGGAAUUCUGCCAGAUCUCAAGAUCCAUGUGAACCUUGAAAAGAUGACCGCCCUUAGAAGUUGUCUUGCCAGGCUAAGCAGUCCAGACAUAAGUGAAGGGGACACAAUGCCAAAGAAUUGUUCAAAUGUAACAUCCCCUGAUCCUCUUUCGCUCCGCCAUGACAAGAUUUUUCACAGAGUGGACAGCUCCUGGAAGCUGCAAGAUUCAGCCAAGAAUCUGACCCAGAGCGUGAUGACAUUAGAACAACACACACGUGAAGUUCUUGUGGAAUCACUUCUUCUCUUAGCUGAAUUUAAUAUUAAUUAUAUGCAGCUUGGUGUAGAAAGUGAUGGCCGCUACAUAUCUGUUCUCAAGGUGUUUGGCACAAAUGCUAAUUUUGUCAAGCGACCUUAUGAUGCUGAAGUUUCUCUGACCGUUCAUGGCCUUCUCCUAGUUGACACUUUACAGACAUAUGGCUCAGACUUUGACCUGCUUGUUGCUUCUCAUAAGCAUCUAAGUUUUGACAUACCCACUGGCAGCCUCAAAGAAAGCCAGCCAUCUUCUCCCAUAUUGUGUGAUGGCAGGUCCCCUGAACACCAGAAACCCCAUACAGAGUUAUCCACCAGUUCAUCCACAGGCAGCAUGCCGUUAGUCAAGUCCAUUCUUAAAGAUGAAGAAGCCCUCAUCAAGCUUGAGUACCAGUUUGUGAACUCCAACUGUCCCAGUAUGAACCUAGAUAGUUCCCUUCAGGUUAUAAGCUUGCAAGUCAACAGCUUAGACAUCAUCCUCAACCCUGAGACAAUGGUGGAGCUAGUUAAGUUCUUUCAGAAAUCUUUCCCCAAAAUGGAAAACACUUGGACAUCAUCAGCUCAACAAUGCACGACACAGUCUUACAACAAGGAUGGGGACAGGGCAUAUCAGGCCACCUAUGUCCAGAACAAGGAACUAACUGUGGAGAUUCACCGUCUCAACCUGCUUCUCCUUCGAACUGUGUCCACUAGCACUGCCUUGGGCACUGAGAAAAAAGGACUGAAGAUUGCCACUGCUGGCAUCACUAGUACCAAGGUCAAUGUUUCUCUUGGAAGCCGUUUGGAUAUCAGUGGCUCACUUGGAUCCAUGCAUCUAGUUGAUCUGACACAGGAGGGAGGCCGGAGCCAGUUUGUUGUGAGCAUUGGGAGUGUUGAUGAUGACUCUUCAAACCUUGAGGGAAUGCCGUUUUUCACUGAUACAAAACGUUCUUCUACAGACGCUUUGAACUUUAAACUCACGGAGAAAUCUCAAGGGGAGUGUUUCUUGCAACUUGACAUGGCCUCUUUACACUACAACCACUCAGCCAAGUUUCUGAGGGAGCUCAGUCUUUCAGCCAAUGAACUGGAAGACAACUUUCGCUCCAUGCUAAAAAAUGCUGCCACCAAAGUGUCAACUGUUCUAGCCACCAAAACGGCAGAGUACAGCAACAUGGUUUCACUCUUUGAAAAUCCCUCACGAAGAACAGGAAUUUUGACUCAGAGUUUUGCAUAUUCAUUUGAGGAUGAGGAGUGUCUUCUCACUCAGGAACCUGAAUCUACUUUAGAUACAUUUUUGGUAACGUUGACCCUGAAUGUCAACAUUGAAUCACCAGUUGUGUCCAUUCCCCGUAAACCUGGACACCCUGAGCUGCUGGUUGGUCAUCUAGGAAGCAUAACAAUACAGAACUUCCUCAAUAGCCAAGACCCUGAAGGAGAGAGGCUGCAAGUGUUGGUGAAAGAUAUAAGGCUAUAUUCACUCAACAUGUGUCAUUUAGUUUUGAAGAGUGUACACAAAGGGACCAUCAAUGAUGGUUCGUCGUCUUCUCGCAAUGGAAGCUUCAGUCAGGAAGAAGCACAGUUCACACGUCAUGACUUUUUUGAAUCUCUCAACCGGGGUAAAGCUUUCCACAUUCUUAAAGACACUACUGUACAGUUCAACCUAAAAAAACAAUCUGUUGAAGAAGAUUCACCACUGCACUUGCUCACUAGAGAGGAUUCCUAUAAGAACACUGGGCAACUGAAAGUUGAGAGCAAGUUUGUCACUCCUGUUCAGGUGUUUCUCUGCAAAUCCGUGUAUGAGCAGGUUCUCCAAACUCUGGAAAAUUUAUCUCUGAUCGAGGCGGGAAACGUCUCGUUGAGCCAGCCACCUCCUCCUCCACCAACGCCUUCAUCUAUUAGACCUCACUACUCUCCAGACCUCCAAGGAUUGUUUGCAAGGGAAGCUCCCAAUAUCACCACCCCAUCUUGUGUAGUCGAUGAACCUGCUCUUCACGCUCUGCCGUUCACUCAGCUUAAGGUUAUCUUACACAUACCGGAGUUGCAAAUCCAGCUGAAUGCUGACCUAACCCAGGGCUCUCAGGGUUUAGUCAGUGUACGCUUCCAAGAUUUGGAGGGAUAUUUUACCAAAGAUCACCCGCAUUUACUUGAGAUACAGUUGGCUCUACAUGCCCUACUAAUGGAAGAUCUCUUGGAGCAGAACCCCGAGUCUAAAUACAAGCAUUUGAUUGUGUCUCACGGAGCUCCCAAGUCCUCCACCUUUAAUCCAAAGGAGUACCUUUCCCAAAGCUGUCCAUCAACAUCUAAUGCUCUUUACCCAGACAUGCCCCGUUCAUUGCCUGCCCACAUGGAGGAGGCCAAGAAUGUCUUUCAGCUCUACCAAAGACAUCCAAGCACGCCUUCAUCUUCCAGUCGCAAAUAUACAAAUGAUCCAGACUGUCCUAGCACACCACCCCCUUCCCCUACUCCUCAAGAUACUUCUCUUCAGCCACCCCCAGGCUUUGAUGAGUCAUUAGUUCAUAUAAAUCUGCUUCUUGUUGACCCGAAUCAUCCCGAGUUUAAAACACGCUAUGGUGGCAUAGGACGAAGUGUUGAUGUAGAUUUUAACUGUCUAGAUGUUCUGAUCACACUUCAGACCUGGGUGGUCAUUCUGGACUUCUUUGGAAUUGGCUCUACUGCCAAUAAUCAUGCAGUAAAGGUGCAGGAUCAUUCAGCCCAGCCUGUGCCAGUACAUUCUCUGCAUGAGCCAGAAGCCAGGGAGGAGCAAGCAUCUCAACCUGUCAACACGAUGUUGGACUUAAAGGUUCAUUCUUUGUCACUUGUUCUCAACAAGAAAUUGAAUGAGCUUGCCAGAGCUAGUGUGUCCAAACUGUCUGCUCAGCUGGAAAUGAUUGAUGGUGACAUGAAGAUUCAUGGAAAUUUAGGGAAUUUGUCUCUGAGUGACUUGACGCCAUACGGUGACCUGUACAGACAACGCUUCACCACACAGGGCGGGGAGGCACUUGUCUUCGACAUUCUGAAGUACUGUCGGCCUGAUCCCAACCUGGAGAGAGAAUUUGACAUCAGAGUGUGUCUGCAGAUGGCCUCAGUAGUGUAUGUGCAUACCCAGCGCUUCCAAGCAGAGGUGGUUGCCUUUAUGCAGCACUUCACACAGCUGCAGGAUGUCCUCGGCAGGCAGAGGGCUGCAAUGGAGGGUCAGGCUGUCUGUGAUCACCCUCAAAGAGCGUCCAGGAUCCUUCUGGAUAUUGAAGCUGGAGCCCCAGUUAUUGUCAUACCUGAGAGCUCGCAGUCACCUCGAGUGAUUGUGGCCAACCUGGGUAAGCUGAGGUUGCAGAACCACUUCCUUCCAGCCGGGGCUCACGGGACCUUUUCCCUUCGAGACAAGGAGCAAGUCAAGAAUUCUUCAUGGAGGACAAAUGUGCAAAGUGAACCCACUAACUCUUCUUCAGAAGGAACUCCUGACAGACCACCAGCCGCUGACACAGCCAGGACCUCUCUGGAGAAAGAGCCUCAAUGUUCAGAUACCCACAUUUGCCUGUUGGACUGUGUGGCGCUGGACCUGCAGGAGAUGAGUAUCUUUGCUGCAGAGCGUCUGCCCGAGUCUUCAGAGGGUGAUGCUGCUAAUCCCGAAUCCUCCAACCUCACCUUCUCUUCCUUCUCUCUUCGUCGGACUGGAGAUAACUUGUUGAAGGACUGCUGCCGCCUCCAGCUAAAAAUUGAGCGCAACUUGGACAAGGAGCUGAGUCAUGCAGUACCUGACAUGUCCAUCCACGGCAGACUGUCGUCAGUGCAUUGCUGCCUAGAGAAGAAGCACUACCAGUUGAUCCGAGGGCUUCUGGAGAACAACCUGGGAGAGCCUGUUGAAGAGUUUCUGCGACCCUAUAAUCUGCAGGACCCUAGCAUCCAUACUGUGUUGAGUGGAGACGUCUACACCAACCUCUCUUUCUUGGUGGAUUUGACGGAUGUCAGCUUGGAGCUUCUGGAAUGUCCAGCAACCACUAAAUGCAGGCAGUCCUUAGCAAGGUUUGACUUCAUGAAAUCCAAGAUUCUUUUUGAAAGUUUCUCUGAUGGUUCCAAGUCUGUCAAUUUGGUCUCUCACUCCCUGCUGGCCUUCGACUCCCGCUGCACUGAGCCAAAUAUGAUCGCCAAGGGGGCAAGAAAAAAUGUGUUUGACUGCAUUCUGCAGCCCUCCAAAACAGGCAGUAACCGUGCAUCUCUGCAACUUGAGCUGCAUUAUAGAUCUACACGUGACUCGUCAUGCUUUACAGUGGUCCUCAAUAACCUGAGGGUUUUUCUCAUCUUCGACUGGCUGGAGCUGGUGCGAGACUUCCUGCAGGUUCACAGGGACUCUGACAGCACCGAGUCUCAACAACAUUUUCCUUCUAACACUACUUCUGAACUGGACACCACUGGGGCUGUCAUGCCAAAGACAGUGAAGAGUGGAGUAGUCACUAAAAGAUCCACCGUACCAGUCACCCAAGACCGCUGCCUGGAGAUGAAGAUCAAUGUGACAGGCACAGAGUUUGUGGUUGUGGAGGACCUCUCCUGUCUCGACACAAAUGCAAUCAUUCUGAAAGGCACCACAGUUCUGACAUACAAGCCCCGUCUGCUGGACCGACCCUUCUCUGGCAGCCUGGCAGGAAUUGAGGUUUUCUCUUGUCGGCUUGGCAGUGAGCAGGAGACGGCGCUGUCCAUCAUAGACCCCGUCAACAUACAGGUGGAGUUGUGUGGCAGCCCCACCUACCACAGCACCUCUGGGCUCCUAGAUGCCUUCAAUGUGCAGGACAUCCCCCCCAUCCUGGAGAUCCAGUUUCCUGCCUUGGACAUCCGUCUGUCCUACAAUGACAUUCAGCUGUUCCUUGCCAUCGCUAAGUCUAUUCCUGCAUCCAAAACUUCACCUGCCUCUUCUCCUGACCGAGCUGAGGCAACAGUUUCACCCAAAAGCAGCAACAGGCAGAGGACGCACAGCCUCAGAGAAUCCAAGCUCAGCCAUUUACAAGACCUUGGUUUUACAAAGGAGGACUGCAGAAGAGCUCUGGUCCACUGUAAAGGUCAUCUGGACCAGGCUGCCACGUGGCUUCUGGAGAAUGCAGAAAAUCUGAUGGAGAACUCCCGAGUGAAGGCAGGCUCCAGCUCCUGCAGUCACUCUGCUCCUUUGUCAGGUGUGGAGGUGAAGGCUGACAGCAUCUGUAUUUGUUUCAUCGAUGACUGCCUGGACUGUGACAUCCCUCUAGCUGAACUCACUUUCUCCAGGCUUUUUGUGCUGCAGCGUAUUGGUUCUGUCCAGGAAGGUAAAUCCAACUUCACUCUGUCUGGGGACUACUACAACAGACAGCUGUCAGGCUGGGAGCCUUUCAUUGAACCGUGGACCUGCUUCCUGUCAUGGCAGCAACAGGCUGCUAGUCGCCUUCACCCUCCACGCUUUAAGAUGGACAUUCGAGCCAAACAGAGGCUGGACAUCAACAUCACUUCUGUCCUGCUUGACCAAGUCAACACCACCAAGAGCUCCUGGAUAGCCGAUUACUGCAAGGAGGACAAACAGAUUCAAAGGUCGCCUACCCUGUCUUGGAUCGGCUCAUCUGUUGACCCCCCCAGCUUUGGGCAGAAAGAUGUCAAGCUCUUAAAGAGGAGACAGCCAUUUGUGCCGUAUGCGCUCCGCAACAAUACAGGCUGUACCAUGAGGUUUGCUGUAAUGACGACUACUCCUACCAGAGUGGCCCUGUCCCACAGCAGCAGUGCAGACUCCAUCUCGGACAUCCACACUUCAGGAGCCGAUGAUACACAUAAUGUCAGUCAGUGGAAAGAAGUCCUACCUGGAGAAGAGGUUCCUUUUGAGUUUGAGGCCCGAGAGAAACUUCGACACAGACACACUCAUGAGCUCAAGCUCCACCAGCUGCUGGUUCAGGUGUGUGGAUGGGAGCAGGUCAAGGCGGUGUCAGUGGACAAAGUGGGCAUUUUCUUUCGCUACGCGGCUCCAGACAGAAACAACUCUUCUAGCACUGUUGGCAGCCCUAUUAGCAGGACCAACAUAAUCCACCCUCAUGUUUAUUUCUCUGCCCUGCCUCCUGUCAGGGUGGUUUUUGCUAUCACCAUGGAGGGCAGUGCCAGGAAGGUGAUCACGGUGCGUUCGGCCCUCAUGGUGAAGAACCGGCUGGAUGUUCUGAUGGAGGUCAGACUUGACAGCCCCUCUGCACCUGACAAACCAGUGGUGUUGCCCCCUAUUCCGCCUGGCCAGUCCUUGGCCAUCCCCCUUCACUUAACAUCCUGGAGGAUGCAGGCUCGGCCUAAAGAUAUGGGCUUGUUCUUCUGCAAGGUUCCCAUUCACUGGACCAGCGUGGAGCGCCCCGGAGAGAUCAGCAGCAGUAGGAGGGAGUGUCAGUUUGCAGACUUUGAUGACAGUCUCAAACGUAACUUCAGGUUCUGCGUGGUCAUUAAAAAGGAGAUCUACCCAGCGCAGCAACCUGCUAAGAAGCAAGUUUCUGGCAGCACUCAGCAGAUUUAUCGACAACCAGGCCACAUUAUUUAUCUGCUGCCCACCAUGGUUCUCGUAAACGUGCUGCCAUGUGACCUUAACUACUACAUCAGGGGCACAACCAUCAAAGGCUCAUUGAAACCGGGAAAAGAGGCGGUGCUUCACUCUGCUGACACCUCGCAGAACAUGGAGCUGGGGGUCCUGUUGGAGAACUUUCCUGUGUGCAAAGAGCUGCUGAUUCCUCCUGGGACUCAGAACUACGUGGUGCGCAUGAGGCUGUAUGACACCAACAAACGCCUCCUCUGUCUCACCAUCCGCAUCAUCCUACGGGCACAAGGGGCUCUGAAAAUCCUAAUUUCUGCCCCAUACUGGGUCAUCAACAAGACGGGUCUGCCAUUAAUUUUCCGUCAGGACAAUGGCAAGGUUGAUGCUGCAGGACAGUUUGAGGAACACGAAUUAGCCCGAAGUCUCAGUCCGUUGCUGUUCUCUUACACUGACAAAGAGCAACCUGCAAUGUGCACAAUGCGUAUCGGAAAAGGCAUUCACCCAGACGGAGUUCCAGGCUGGUGUCAAGGCUUUUCCCUGGAUGGAGGGAGUGGAGUCAGAGCAGUAAAAGUGAUCCAGCAUGGAAAUAGACCUGGCCUACUCUACAACAUAGGUAUCAGCGUGCGUAAAGGAAAAGGAAACUACAGAGAUACUCACAUAGUGACGUUUGCCCCUCGCUACUUACUGGACAACCGCUCCACACAUAAAUUGGCCUUUGCUCAGAGAGAGUUUGCACGAGGAAAGGGUACGUUCAACCCAGAGGGGUACAUUUCCACCUUGCCAGGAUCCAAUGUUGUCUUCCACUGGCCCCGCAAUGACUAUGACCAGUUGCUCUGUGUGCGUCUCAUGGACACCCCUAAUUGUACCUGGUCAGGAGGUUUCGAGGUCAACAAACCUAAAUCUUUCCACAUUAAUAUGAGGGACACAUUGGGCAACUGUUUCUUCCUGAGGACCGAGAUCACCCUGAAGGGAGCCACUUACCAGAUCUCUUUAACCGACACUGACCAGCUGCCUCCACCACUUCGCAUUGAUAACAUCUCUGAGGUACCCAUCCAGUUCUGGCAACACGGUGUGGCUGACAUCCGGCUUCACACUGAGGUGAAGUCCAUGUCAGUGCUAGACUACGCCUGUGAUGAGCCUACACUACCUCCAUACCUCACAGUCACUGUAAAGGGAGCAGGAUCCUCUGAGGUCACAGCCGACAUGAAUUUCUUCAGGGAGUACAACAAACUCUACUAUGAGAACUUCAUCUACAUCGCGGCCACGCACACCUUUUUACAAAAAAAUGAGGGGAGACCUGUUGGGAGACCAAACCUGGUUAGCUAUGCUGAGCUAGUUCUUGAUGUGGACCCUAAAACUCAAAGAGUCAUCCUUCGAAAAAAGGAGCCAGGCAAGCGCUCUCAGCUGUGGAGGAUGACGGGGUCUGGUCUACUUUGUCAUGAAGGCUCAUCUCCACCCCAGAGUAAGCCAUCGCAGCCACGGCCUCUGGACUCUUCCUUGGUACUAGAUAUUGCUGGGCUAGCAGCUGUCAGUGACAACAGUUUUGAGCCAUUGAUGCUUCGGAGACCAGACUCUCGGCGCAGUACUACCCAGACGUGGUACUUCAGUUCAGGCAUGCUGACUUGUGGCCUUCCUCGGCUGGUAGUGCAGGUGAAAGGAGGCGUUGCUGGCCUGAGUGAUGGAGUGGAGGUGGUGCUGGGGCCAGAUUCAGGUCUGUUGAAGCCCAGCCCUGAGCAACAGUUCAUCAACCAGAAGAUGAGACCUGGAUCUGGAGUUCUGUCAAUCCAAGUGCUCCCAGACGGACCCACUCGUGUUCUUCAAAUCAGCGACUUCAAUCAAAGGCGAUUAACCCAAAGCCCAGUCAGCACAGAACAGGAAAUAACCAAGGAGGACGUCAAAGAAAAAGAGUUCAAACAGGAGCUAGAGGUGUUGGUCAGUUUGGAUGAAGGUCUGGGCUUGUCUUUGGUUAACAAGAUUCCUGAGGAGCUUAUUUUUGCCACGCUGUCUGGUGUGACUGUUCACUUCACAUCCACUGCAGCCAGUGAAGUGCUAGAGCUGUGCAUCCAGAACAUUCAGGUUGACAAUCAGUUGCUGGGAACCACCCAGCCCGUGAUGCUCUGUGUAACCCCCAGUUCUGGUGAGAGCUGUGGAAACGACAGUGGCCCUGCUCUGCAGGUUAACUCGGUCAAGGUUCCUAGCAGACUUACACUUACAGAGAUUUUCAAGCAUCUCAUGGUAACGGCAUGCCAUUUUACUGUCAUCAUUGAGGAGAAACUGCUGCUCAAGCUGCUCAGCUUCUUUGGUUAUGGAGAGGUGGAGGCCGAGCUGGAGAAACUGGAUGAGAACUUGUACGAGAGGCCCAGCGAGGAAGCAGGCCCUUCUAAACGCUAUUACUUUGAAAAUUUGAAGAUCAGUCUCCCUCAGAUCAAACUCAGCGUCUUUACCUCUCACAAGCUCCCUCCAGACCUCAAGGCUCUUAAAGGUACUCUGGGCUUUCCUCUCGUUCGCUUCGAAGAUGCUGUCAUCAACAUGUAUCCGUUCACCCGAGUGCACCCGUAUGAGACCCAGGAGAUCAUCCUAAUCGACAUUCUCAAGCACUUCAGAGAGGAGCUGAUGAGCCAAGCAGCUCAGAUCCUAGGCUCUGUUGACUUCCUGGGUAACCCCAUCGGCCUCUUGAACGAUGUCACUGAGGGAGUGUCUGAACUCAUCAAGUAUGGCAGUGUGGGCGGCCUCAUUCGUAAUGUAACUCAUGGCGUAUCCAACUCGGCUGCCAAGUUUGCAGGCACUUUAUCCGAUGGGCUGGGAAAGACGAUGGACAACCGGCACCAGAGCGAGCGGGAAUGCAUCCGAUACCAUGGAGCCACCAGUGGAGAACACCUGGUGGCAGGAAUUCAUGGACUAGCUCACGGUAUCAUUGGGGGAAUGACGAGCAUCAUCACCUCCACAGUGGAGGGUGUGAAAACAGAGGGUGGAGUCAGUGGCUUCUUCUCAGGUCUAGGCAAAGGUCUGGUGGGUACUGUAACCAAACCUGUUGCUGGCGCUUUGGAUUUUGCAUCAGAGACGGCCCAAACAGUCCGUGAUAUGGCCAGUCUUAGUAACCACAGACUGUGCGUACAGCGUGUUCGGAAGCCUCGUUGUUGUAGAGGACCUCAGGAUAGGCUGCCUCGAUACUCAGCCAUGCAGGCCGAUGGCCAGGAGCAGCUCUUCCGCCUCACUGAUAAUAUCCACUCUGAGUUUUUUAUCGCAGUGGAACCCAUUGAUGGCUACUACGUCCUCAUCUCCUCCAAGGUGGUCUACUUCUUGAAGCAGGGAGACUAUGUGGACCGAGAGGGCAUCUUCCUAGAGGUCAAGUAUGAUGACCUCUACCACUGUCUGGUGUCUAAGGAUCAUGGGAAGGUAUACGUGCAGCUCACCAAGAAGGCCGAGAACACCAGCAGCGGCAUCGCUAUUCCUGGCCCCUCCCACCAGAAACCCAUGGUCCAUGUGAAGAGUGAGAGCCUCGCCAUCAAGAUCUCUCAAGAAAUCAACUACGCCAAGAGUCUUUACUACGAGCAGCAGCUCAUGCUUCCCACCGACGAAAAUGAGGACUGCUUGCUACUUGAAUCAUGAUCCGGACUUCUUUAGGCUCACUGAGAUGGUUUUCUAAGAGGACUGAAGCUUUCUAUUGUUGACAGGCUGCUGUGGAAGGAAUGCACCAAGAAAACUAGAUGUUUGAUUUUCUGAAAUAAUCUGGCUGUUUGUUUCAUGAUGGAGGUGGUAGCAGGGUCAAAUAUCGCCUAUCCGUUCCAUUUAGGAAUGAAUAGAAAUGUAAAUAAAAUGCUCCACAGCAAUAGUACAGAUCACAUGUAAAUAUUGUGAGAUAUUAAAAAUACAAAUUCACUAAAUGAACUAACAAACGGCUUUUACAUCUAUAUAUUUUGUGUAUAAGAAACGUUCAUUAGAGUUCAGGAGAAUUCAUCGCACACAAAGAGGUGAAGGACCUUCACCCCUUCCCACAUAAAAACCUCCUCCCUUGUGUUGGGGUAGACUAUAGAAUGGAUGAUUUAUGAAUUAUUACUAAUUCACAAUUUACCAAACUUUGGGGCACCACCCUCAUAAAGGGAAAACUACAGAUCUAUGGUUUAUAGUAUCAAUCUCAAUAAAUCACUUCA